AUUCUUACCAACGAGUAUGAACAAUAUUGUACUAUUGCUAGUAUUACUCACUAAAAUUUUCUACCUCCCUCUUUCCAAAGAAUUUGCCAUCUAUAUUGCGUUCCUUCUUACCAGUGAAACCACAGAAACACUUACCAACUGAAAAUUUUAAUUUCUCUUCAUUUUAAUUAUAUCAUCUUUUCUCCAUGGAAAACAUUGUUAUUGAAGUGCACCAGCCCGCGGGUCUGGAAACAGGGCAACUCACUGAACCAUUGGAAAUUGUAGAGAUAGAAGAAAUUGAAUCAGAAGCACAUUUUGAAAAAGAGGAGCAAGAGGAAGGACAGAAAAUCGAGGAAAAUGAAGACCAAGACACAAGGAUAAUUGACAGUUUAAUAGAAGAAGAGUUGAAGCAGGGAAAGGUGAAAAAACUUGUCAUAGCUCAAUGGCUGUUAUGCUUAGUUUUGGUCCUGUCUUUGCCUUUUAGCAUUUGGCUUCCAAAAUGGAAUAAACUAUCCUUUAGUUAUGUGGUCAUUUGGAAGUGGAAUGUAUUUCUGUUGUUUCUCUUGUCGGGGAAGAUCAUUUUUCGUUGUAUGUUGAGGUUGGUUAUCCUUUUCAUGGAGUGGAAGUUUUCCAAGUACAAGAGAUUGUUGUAUUAUAUUCAUGGAACAAGAUCUGCAGUCGAAAGCUGUUUAUGGGUGGUUUCUAUGUUUGCGUUAUGGAACUUUAUCUUCAGCCAAAAACUGAAGAGAAGUGUACGUUUAGAAACUUUGUUUUACAUAAACAAAGUCUCAAGUUUCUUGCUUGUUUCUUCAGUAGUGUGGAUAGUGAAAACCAUCGUCCUCACAUAUCUUGCUGUCAGAUAUAAUUCUCAUAUAUUGUCUUUGAGAAUCAGAGAAAUGGAAUUUAGUGAAAGAAUGAUUCAUCAGAUAGCGCCCAAAGGCAAUUCAUUGAAGAAAAUCAGAAAUGAGAAGGGUGCCAAAAAUCUGGCAAUAAAAACAGUACAGAACUUGUCAAACAAUUCGUCAAGAUACAUUUACGUAGAAGAUUUGAUGGGUUUUAUGAAUAUCAAUAAUGCUCGCAAGUUGUUGAACCUUUUGGGUUGUGCAUCUGAAUGCCAGAAAGUUCAUAAGUUGGUAUUGGAAAACUGGGUGGUUAACAUAUUUAAAGAAAGGAAGGCAAUCGAAUUGACACGUUCUAAUUCAAAAUCAAUUGUUAAGAAAAUCAACUGGAUUUUGAUCUUUGUAUACUUCAUCAUCACUCUUAUUAUUUUCUCAUUCAUGUUUGAAAUAAUCACAAGCCAGGAUCUAGUAUUCUUGUUCUGGAUAGUAAUUUUAGCUGGUUUUACAUUUGGAAAUACGUGCAAGAUUGCAUUUGAAGCUGUGAUCCACUUGUUUGUAAUGCAUCCAUUCAAUAUUGACGAUCGAUGCGAGAUCGAUGGGGUUGAGUUGGUGGUGAAUAAAAUCAACAUUUUCAGCACUAUCUUCUUAAGGAAUGACAACCAAAAUGUUAUUUAUCCGAAUGUUGUUCUGUGGACAAAAUCCGUGAGCAAUUUUCGACUCAGUCCACCAAUGAAAGACAAAAUAGAGUUUGAUAUAUUUAUUUUGACCCCAGAAGAACAAAUUAGUGCCAUGAAACAAAAGAUACUUAGUUUCAUCCAAAGCAGGGAGGAGCUGUGGUUUCCCACACCACGUAUAUUCAUAACAAGUAUUGGGGAGACGAGCAGGCUGCAUGCGGAGGUCCGGGCGACACAUCGAAUAAACAUGCAAGAUCUGGAUGAGAGACUUGAAAGAAAAAAUCUUCUGUAUAAAGAAGUGGCUAACAUCGUAAGGGAGCUUGGGAUCCUGGUGCAUUGGUAGACAGACAGUGAUUUUGCUUUCUGGCAUAGUUUCCUUUUAUUGUUCUUUCUUAAGAUCUUCCUUUUUUAACUGAUAAGAUAUUCUUAUAUUGUUACACCGUCGUGCACCUCUCCGCAAGUUAUGAAAACUUUUCCUUUGUUUUAGCUUA